AUGGCGACUAUCACAACUACGGAACAGCCCGUCCAGGGUGUCAUUCGGGACUCACUGCCUCGCGACAAGGCAGAUAUCUCAGCACAGAGCGAUGAAACUUCACCUUCGCCUUUUGAACUGAUGGCGCCUCUCGAGCUCUUCGAGCACUACGAACACGGCAAUGACGCGGAUCCCAAAUUUAGAUCCCUUCUGAAAGAAGGCGUCAAGAUUUCCGACAUUACUACAUCCAUCGGUGCAGAGGUCACCGGUGUUCAGCUCUCUCAGCUAGACAACAAGGGAAAAGACGAGCUCGCACUCCUGGUGGCACAGAAGAAGGUUGUCGUAUUCCACGAUCAAGACUUUGCAACAAUACCGAUCCAGCAGGCUGUUGAUUUUGCGAGCUAUUUCGGCAAGCUCCAUGUCCACCCAGUCAGUGGUGCUAUUCCCGGGUUCCCUCAGCUUCACAUGGUCUACCGCGGACCCGAAGAUGUGGGCCAUGAUAAAUUACUCGAGGCUAGAACUACGUCCGUCUCGUGGCACAGUGAUGUAAGCUAUGAGUUGCAGCCUCCAGGGACCACAAUAUUGUUUGCCAUCGACGUCCCCGAGAGUGGAGGAGACACUCUAUUCGUUAACCAGGUCAAAGCGUAUGAACGACUCUCUCCCGGAUUCCGAGAGCGGCUGGCUGGGCUCAAGGUGGUGCAUUCCGCACAUGAACAGGCUCAGGCGGCGCUCAAGAACGGUGGACAGUUGAGGAGGGAUCCAAUCACUUCUGUGCACCCUUUGGUUCGAACUCAUCCGGCGACUGGCGAGAAGGCGCUUUAUAUUCAACCCCAAUUCGCCCGCUCAAUAGUGGGCUACAAGAAGGAAGAGAGUGACGCGCUGCUCGGUUUCCUCUACCAGCACAUUGCCCUAAGUCAAGAUAUUCAGUGCCGUGUCAAAUGGAGUCCCCGCUCCGUUGUCGUGUGGGACAACAGGGUCACAGCUCACUCGGGCUUGGUAGACUGGGAGGGUCCUCGUUUCAGGUACAUUGCUCGUCUGGCUGCGCAGGCAGAGGUGCCAACUGAAUAA